GCUUCAGCCUGCCAGCAUCUGAGCGCGAAAGUGCGAGUUGAACUGUUGAACAAUCCAUGGCGCAGGUCGCUCUACGUGCCAUGGCCGCCUCUCCCGCAUUCCCGCCCAUGCUCUCUUCCCUCCGUUUCCUCGCCACAAGCUACACGGCCCGUGUGGUCCGGGCCGACUCCUCCGGCCGUCAAAUCAUGGUCGAGCUUGACCCCUCAAACCUCUCUUUAGACUCCUACGGCUACCCCAUUCCCCGUCGAGACCUCAUCUGCCACAUCUGCAACCUACUCCGCAAUGCGUCAUCCCCUUCCACCGAUCCCCUCCUCGACGUCGCCGACUAUCUCCAAACCCUAACCCUAACGCUAACCCCAUCGGAAGUCAGCGAGAUUCUCAAAUCCCUACGCCUACCUCGAAAGGCCCUCGAGUUCUUCCGCUUCGUUAAGACCCUCCCUGGAUAUCGCCAUGACUGUUUCGCCUAUAAUCGCAUCCUUGCUAUUCUUGCCCGUUCGAACGCUGAACAAGAGAUAAUUGGUGGGAUUGUGGAGGAAAUGGAGAAGGAGGGGGUUAAAGGGAAUAUCUCGACGGUGAAUAUAUUGAUUGGGGCCAUGGGGGGUACGGAAUAUGAUAGGUGUUUGGAGCUUGCCAAGAAGUGGGAUUUGAGGUUCAAUGGAUACACUUACAAGUGUUUGAUGCAGGCUUAUUUGAGGUCUCGGGAUGUGGAACGCGCGUUUAGGGUUUAUGAGGAGAUGAGCAGGAGAGGCUAUAAGUUGGAUAUAUUUGCUUAUAAUAUGCUCUUGGACGCAUUGGCGAAAGCUGACAAGCAGGUUGAUCUAUGCUAUAGAGUUUUUGGAGACAUGAAGCAGAAACACUGCGAACCAGAUCAGUACACUUAUACAAUUCUCAUUAGAAUGUCUGGUAAGACAGGAAGGACAAAUGAUUUUCUCUCAUUCUUUGAUGAGAUGCUAGGAAAGGGAUAUUCAUUAAAUCUUAUUGCAUAUAACACAAUGCUUGAGGCUCUUGCAAGAAAUAGAAUGGUCGACAAAGCUAUACUUCUUUUCACAAGGAUAAUUAGAAGGGAUUGUCGGCCUAAUGAGUUUACUUACAGUAUUCUCUUAGAAAUGUUAGCAGCAGAAGGCCAACUACAUCGAUUGAAUGAAGUUGUAGAAGUGUCAAAUAAAUACAUGAAUAAAUCAAUUUAUUCCUUUUUAGUUAAGGCAUUAAGUCAGUCAGGUCAUGCAAGUGAAGCCCAUAGUUUGUUUUGUAGCAUGUGGAACUUACAUGAUGAAGGAGAUAGAGAUGCUUUUGUGUCCAUGUUGGAAACUCUGUGCAAUGCAGGGAAGACAUUGGAGGCAAUAGAUCUGUUAAAUAAGAUUCAUGAGAAAGGAAUAUCUACAGACACUAUGAUGUACAAUAUAGUUUUUUCAGCUCUUGGUAAAUUGAAGCAAGUAUCAUAUAUUCAAGCUCUGUACGAACAAAUGAGGGAUAGCGGGCCUUCUCCUGACAUAUUUACAUACAAUAUUCUUCUUUCAAGUUUUGGGAAAGUUGGCCUGGUCGAGAAGGCGUUGGAGCUUUUUGAGGAAAUGGAAUCUAGUGUUUGCAAACCUGAUGUCAUUAGUUAUAAUUCUUUGAUCAACUGUCUUGGGAAAAAUGGUGACCUUGAUGAAGCUCAUAUUAGGUUUGAGGAAAUGCAAAAGAGGGGCUUGAAUCCUGACGUUGUCACGUACAGCACCUUGAUUGAAUGUUUUGGUAAAACAAAUAAAGUUGAGAUGGCUUUUAGGUUAUUUGAUGAAAUGCUAGCUGUGGGGUGCCACCCAAACAUUGUGACCUACAACAUCUUGCUUGAUCUUUUGGAGAGAAAUGGGAAGGUGGCAGAAGCUUUUGAAUUUUAUGCAACUCUGAAAGAACAGGGACUAACUCCUGAUUCAAUAACAUACACGAUACUAGAGCGAUUAAAUUGCUCUUCACAUAGAGCUGUUGGGGUGCGCAAGCAAAGUCGUGUCACUGGUUGGGUUGUUAGUCCUCUAAGGUGAUUUGUCCAAUAUAACGAUUAUGAGUCACCGAAUACCUCUAAAGACCAGGAGUGCAUGAUUUUACAGUUGAAAUUGCCAGAUUUGUCAGGAAAAUUAUCAGGUCCGGACAUCGGUCCUAGAUAUAAGUCCAGAUAUGGAUGCACUUUGACUGUGCUUUUUGACUGCGUUUUAUCUGCACUUUACCUGCAUUUUACCUGCGCUUUUGGCGCGCUUGGCUUAAAAUUCUGCGGACACAUGUACAUUUCACAUGUCAAUAUUUUAUUGGAGUCCGAACGUAUCUCUAAGUCCGAUGUCCGGACCUAAUAAUUUUCCGAUUUGUCAUGCCCAACAGUAAAAGAGGAUGGAACAGUGCACCACGCCUGAAUCUCCUAAGCUGCAAUCAGUUCAGCUUCCCAUUGGUACAAGCCAUUUUUUUUUUUAAGCGGAGCAUUGCUGUUUCAGUGAGAAAAAAGUUUAUGUUAAUUUGUUUUUGGAGUGGGAGCACACUUUGUCUGUAGGAUUUUCCAGAAUUUUGAUCGCAUUCGAGGGCUCAUCAAACUUGAUUAUUCCUUCUGUCACAUGUUCUAUUUGAUAGAUAUCAAUGCACCUCAUUAGUGCAGGCACUCUGGUUCCCAGGUCAGAUCUGUAGAUCCAUCAUCAGAUUCAUAUUAAAAUCAUGCAGAGAUCAAUAUAUUCAAAUACAGAUUCCAAGAUGUCCAAAUCCAGUUCUUUAAGUCACUUUGUCUUUCUUCCACAUCAAGAGCUUGAAGGUUACUGACAACUCGUUGUUUCUAUUCACUGUAAUAAGCAUCGAGUAAUUUGUUUAGGUUACUGUAAAUCUAUUUUGAUUCACUGUUUAUCUACUGUGUUUCUAUUCACUGUAAAUACUUUUCAACUUCCAAUCUAUUACAAGUUUAUGAUAUGUUUGAUAAAGUUCUUUCCA